AUGACAAAAUAUAGAGCUGCAUAUUAUCUUUGGGAAAUAUCAGUAGCAUCUAAAAAUGUCCUUUACAAAUCUUCUUCACAUGCAAGAAAUUCCUUUAAAAUAUGGUUUGAUUCGUCUCCAAUUUUAAAAUCUUUAUUAUCAGAUUAUCAAUGGUACGAAGAUCCUGAAUGGAAUAAGGCAAGAGGUAUCUCCGAUAAAAUAAGAUCUAGUUUAUCCCUAUCAAAUUCUAAACAGAAGAAAUUAAAUCGAAUUAAUACUACAAGACAUUACUCCACAACAAGAGUAAGAAGAGAUGAUCCUUCUAAAAUAUCUGAAAUUGGGAAAUUAAAUAAUAAUAAUAAUAAUAAUAAUAAUAAUAAUAAUAAUAAUGGCAUGAAAGAAGAUGAGAAAGAAAGUGACUCCAAACGAAAUCUACAGAGUUCCAAGGUUCCAUCGUCCAGGCUUUCAAGAUUAUUUCACUAUGGAAGUUUGGCCGCAGGUGUAAGUAUGAAUGUUGCCGCACAAGGUUUAACUGAAGUGGCUAAGGGAAACUCACCAACAUGGAAAUCUUUAAUUUUAUCAGACUCAAAUAUUGAAAGAAUAACUAAGAAAUUUUCUCAGAUGAGAGGUGCUGCAUUGAAAAUUGGUCAGUUGAUGUCAUUUCAAGAUGAAAAGGUUUUACCAGCAGAACUGUAUAGUAUUUUAUCUAAAGUUCAAAAUAGUGCUCAUUAUAUGCCUCAGAGACAGUUAUUAAGGGUUUUAAAAACAGAAUUGGGUGAAGACUGGGAAAAUAGGUUUCAAUCAUUUGACAGAAUACCUAUUGCUGCAGCAAGUAUAGGUCAAGUACAUACAGCAACACUUAAAUCUGGAGAAAAGGUUGUAGUAAAGAUUCAAUACCCAGGUGUCAAGAAAUCUAUCGAUUCUGAUUUAAGUAAUUUACUUAUGUUACUGACGGCAUCAAGGUUAUUGCCUAAGGGGCUAUUUUUAGAUAAAAUUGUCGCAAACGCUAGAAAAGAAUUGAAGUGGGAGUGUGACUAUAUCCGUGAAGCUAAAGCCUUACAAAAAUUCGAAGAAUUACUAAAGGGCGAUGAGGUAUUUUCUGUACCUCAUGUCUUUGAAGAUUUAACCACAUCAAAUAUUUUAACAAUGACAAAAAUGGAGGGUUAUGAGAUUAUGAAGUUACCACCAAGAUUAAAUACGCAGAAAAUCAAAAAUUUUAUUGCUGAGAAUAUAAUGAGAUUGUGUUUGACAGAGAUUGCACAAUUCAAAUACAUGCAAACAGAUCCAAAUUGGGCUAAUUUCUUAUAUAAUGAAAAGACCCAGAAAAUUGAAUUGUUAGAUUUUGGUGCUUCGAGACCAUUUCCUGAUGAAUUCAUUAUUAAAUAUAGAAAAUUAUUGACCUAUACUACAAAAAAUGAUAGAAAUGCUGUGAAGAAAAUGUCAGAGGAAUUGGGUUACCUGACAGGUUUAGAGUCUUCUGCUAUGAUAGAAGCGCACGUUGAUAGUGUUAUGACAUUAGGAGAACCCUUUACUGGAGGCAAUGUUGGUACAUUGUUUGAUUUUCAGAAUCAAACUGUUUCAGAUAGAAUCAGAGAAAAUAUAGGGUUAAUGGUUAACGAGAGGCUGUGUCCACCACCAGAAGAAACUUAUUCGUUACACAGAAAGUUCAGUGGGAUUUUUUUACUGUGUGCUAAAUUUGGGGCUUCUGUUCACUGUGCUAGGUUGUUUGAUCAAAUAUUUGCUUAUAAAGAAUAA